CCCGCGGUGCCGGGCGGAGGGCGGCGGGGCGGCCGGCGGCCCGCAGCUCCAGGUAGGCAGCACCGCCCGGCCGCCCGCCCGCUGCGCCCCGGCCCGCGGCUGCGCUCCCCACCGCGGCGGGGCGGCCCCGGGGCGGGCGGCUUCACGGCUCGGGGGGACGGCGUGCAGCCCGGCACGGCUCGGUUCGGCGCGGAGCCGGAGGUUCAAUGUAAUCUCAUUGGGCACCAGCAGUGGAACUCUUCUGUUCAAAAUGGUUUAUGGUGAAUUUUUCCGCAGACCUGGCAAAGAUGCAGAACUUAUCAAUUUGAAUGUAGGUGGAUUUAAGCAAUCAGUGGAUCAAAGCACCUUGCUCCGAUUUCCCCAUACUAGACUUGGGAAACUUCUCAAAUGCCAUUCAGAAGAGGCUAUUCUGGAACUGUGUGAUGAUUAUAGCGUUGCAGACAAAGAAUAUUACUUUGACAGGAAUCCUUCCUUGUUCCGAUACGUUCUGAAUUUUUACUAUACAGGCAAACUUCAUGUCAUGGAAGAACUUUGUGUCUUUUCCUUCUGCCAGGAAAUAGAAUACUGGGGGAUAAAUGAGCUGUUUAUUGAUUCCUGCUGCAGCAAUCGGUACCAAGAAAGGAAAGAAGAAGGUCCUGAGAAAGACUGGGAUCAGAAGAGCAAUGACAGAAGUAUAGAUUCCUCUAAUGAAGAGUCAUCCAUAUUUGAUAAAGAGCUGGAAAAGUUUGACAAUCUGUGUUUUGGUGAAAUAAGAAAAAAGAUCUGGGUCAGAAUGGAAAAUCCUGCAUACUGCUUGUCUGCCAAGUUAAUUGCCGUGUCAUCCCUGAGCGUUGUCCUGGCGUCAAUCGUGGCGAUGUGCAUUCACAGCAUGCCAGAGUUUCAAAGGCUGGACGCCAAUGACAGGGAGAUUGAAGACCCUGUGCUGGAAGCCGUGGAGAUUAUGUGCAUCAUCUGGUUCACUGCUGAGCUAGUGAUCAGGCUCAUCACUGCUCCGAGUCAAAAGAAGUUCUGGAAGAAACCCCUGAAUAUCAUUGAUUUUGUCUCUAUUAUCCCAUUUUAUGCCACCUUGGCUGUGGACACAAAGGAAGAAGAAAGUGAAGAUAUUGAAAAUAUGGGGAAAGUGGUUCAGAUCCUGCGGUUAAUGAGGAUAUUUCGCAUCCUGAAACUGGCCAGGCACUCUGUAGGACUGCGAUCUUUAGGGGCCACUUUGAGACACAGCUACCAGGAAGUUGGACUUCUGCUUUUGUUUUUGUCUGUUGGGAUUUCUAUUUUUUCAGUGCUUGUCUACUCAGUGGAGAAAGAUGAUGACUCAUCAGAACUGCACAGCAUCCCUGUUUGCUGGUGGUGGGCAACCAUUAGCAUGACCACUGUUGGUUAUGGGGACACUUACCCGGUCACGCUUGCUGGAAAGCUGCUUGGCACCCUAUGCAUUAUCUGUGGGAUACUAGUGGUAGCACUUCCAAUCACCAUUAUUUUCAAUAAGUUUUCUAAGUACUAUCAAAAACAAAAAGAUAUCGAUCCAGACCAAUGCAACAAUGAUCGCAAAGAGAAAUGUAACGACCUACCUUAUUUUAACAUUAGGGAUAUUUAUGCAAAAAAGAUGCACUCCUUUAUUUCUAGCCUUUCUUCAGUAGGAAUUGUAGUCAGUGACCAAGAUUCAACAGAUGCCUCCAGCAUCCAAGAUAUGGAGGAUGUUUAUAACACAACAUCUUUAGAGAAUGGUGUAACUGGGAGCAGGAUGUGAGCCAUGUUUCACGCCAAAAGAUAUUUCCAUCAAGGCAGAACUGCGUUCCUGUACCAUGCACUGGUACUGGAGAGUGUCACAAGUCUUGAGCACCAGAAGAAAGCAGAUGAGAGCAAAUACUGAGUUACUGCAUGUUCUUCCUGCCAUUAAAAGUUUUUAGUAGAAGAAUUUACUAGUAAGAAAUAAGCACAAGAGGGGAUUGUUUCUUAUUUAAUUUGUCCUUGGUCUACAGUUACAUAUUAUUGAUAUGUAAUAUCAGUGUCAACAGGAGGAAGAUUGCCUAUUGGUUUUGUAUUCCUGAACCACAUGUUUUUCUCUUUAAAAACGCUUCCUAAAUCCUCUCCACCCAGCUUCUCUGUUUCAGACACCAAAGCACAGAAAAGGUUACCGUUCAGAUAUGCAUCCCAUUUUGUAUGGGAGAGAUUUGUUAAUCUUUAUACAAAGCAGUUUACUGGCACGUUAUUAGUUUCUUUGUCCUGAUGGCAAACGCUUCCCUUUCGAUAUCCAGUAUUUCCAGAGUAGCAUCCUCUUUGCAGCGGUUUUCCCUCGUGUAGCACGGGAAGACACCACUGCGCUGCAUUGCGGUUCCCUGUUUGAGCAGCUUCCAAGUGGCGGGGGGUAUCGCCCGACUGCCCACAGCUCGUGCCUUGCUGGGAGCAGGCUCUGUCACUGCCACCGUUUGUGGUGUGUGUUGGAAGAGGGAAAAGGCCAAUGUAGAGGAAUGAGAAAAGAGAAAUGAGAGAAGGUAGGGAGCUGUCGAUCAAAAAGGAUGACAGAAAAGCCUGAGAGGACCUUAGAAGAAGUUGACAGAAAGAGUCGUCACUUGUUUUCACUUUAUUUCUUCUUUUUACUCCCUUUUUGCCUCGCAUCCCCUCCUGCUUCCCACCCAGCCUGUGGUCCAGCAGUCCUGUUUCUGACCCAGAACAAGGGUAUUUCCGAGUCCAGAAAGGCAUGCUCCAUCCACCUGGCUGGCAACAGGCAGAACUUAGUGGGGAUGAAAUUAGUGAGCGCUCCUGCUGUGUAUAUAAGCAGUGAUGAACACACCUACAGGCUGUGGGGUUUUUUGUAAGAAAAGUCACAACGUGGCUCAAAUCAAUGAGCAUAACCAUGAGCUAAAUAAACAGCACAUCUGUGUCAGGCCUGUAAAUGAAAUAUCACCUAUGGCUUAGGUAGAAAUUAGUGUCGGGCACCAUAAUGCGAAAUAUUACCAUUUAAAAGCAGACUCCGUGCCAACUCCCAUGCGAACGGGUUGCUGUCAGGGAAUGCUGAGAGUAUCAGGCAGAUUGGACUGGCAAAGGCAGUACACGGGCUCGUGGCGUGCCAAGGGCUCCUGACAGGCUGCUGUGUAUUAAUACAUUUAUUCAUUUCCACACAUUCGUAACAUCUAGAGCAAGUGACAGAAAACCGCUAAGCUGUGGGGAGUCUCUCUAAUAUUUUUUGAUUAGCUGACAGUGUUUGUGAAGCUGCUAAUACCUCUUCAUCCAAAAGAGGACAUUUCUCAAACAAAAUCAGAAUAACCCUGUGCUAGAUGUGCAAUUUGUGGCUGAUAGCAGAGCUCGGUCGCAAUCAGUAAAUAUUGCUGUCUGGUGCUGUAUGGCUGCAAUGCUGUUGGUUGUAUUUCUGAAAUGUUUAUGCUCUGUCAAUUGAGAGACAGCUGAUGCCAUUAAAACCAUCUCAGCAUUUUUCCACUGCACAAUAAUUGCGGUGUCUCUUUUAAGCAUAGCUCAAUGUCAUAACUUGCUGAGACUUCUUUUUUAAUUUCUUGUGUAGCUAUAGUUAAUUUUUCAUGAUAAACCUAUGGUCCAAGCACAACCUAGCAGAAGAAAAAGUCACUGUGUGUCUCUAGACAAAUUGCAAGACUUUAUUAUUGACUUCCACUCUGGGCAUUGCCCUCCCACCUGACUGGGACAACUAAGGUGGUACAAGGAGUGGUAAUUCUCUGUGGUACAGGCUGAUAGCUGCUACAGGUUGUUAAGGGGUAAAAGGCAGAGCUCCUAGGAGGGUGGAUAUAGUUUAUAUGCAGUUGUAUAUAUGCCUUCUGGGCAGACUUCAUUUUGGUGUAUAAUAUCAUUAGAUUACAUAUGAAAUACGACACUUUCCCCGAGAAACCAUCUACAUCUAUCUUUUUAAUGAAUAUAGUGGAGGGGGCAGUCUUUGCUUGGGGUUUUAGCAGGUCAAAGGCUGCAGGUCAAAGACUCUCUCAUCCGCAAACACACAUCAGUUUUCCAUAAAUCACAUAUACCAGUGGGAGGGAGAGACUUUGCAGCAUCGCCAACAAGCCCAUGAACCUGUAGGCCAAGGAACUGAGUUCCCAAGAUGAGGACUGGUGGUGGAGGAGAACCUUAACUGGUUCUGUAUUUUGUCAAUUAAAACCAAUACCAUGCAGCUUCAUGUAGUGACUUAUGAAGCUAAUCUGCUCUCACUGUUUCUUCAAAACUAUUUCAAGGUAGAACCCAAGAAGGCAUUGAAUUACAAUGGUUUAAUCUUUAGUUACUUUCUACUAUUUAAUGGCAUAUAUAUUGUCUAAGUCACCAAAUUUUUUAUAGCAUUCAUCACUGUUUCCACAGCAAAACCUACUCUUACUAGCAUAUGACUAUGGCAGAGAUUGGUAUAGCCUAAUUUAGUGUCAUUGUCCUCAGAUCUCUUAUGAAUCAGCAGAGACAGAAAAGCACCUUGGGCAGUAUGCAUUUCCCUUAACUUCAGCUGUUAUGUGGCUGGUCAUUUGGGCUCGCUCUCAAUAGAGAAACAACAGACCCUCUUGGGAGACAUCACGUCCUAUCUAUACAAAGGUCCUAUCUGUAGAUGGGUCCUAUCUGAAGAUGGCUAUACAGCAAGCCUAUAUGAUUUAGUUAGGUUAGAUGCCUGACCUUUACGUAGCUGAAGUCAGAUCUGAUGAGUGCUAGACAACAAGAGGUAGGGACUUGAUUAUUUUCUGGUUGUGGCUUCCUUCCCCUCUCAACACUGUCUAUGUAGGAAGAACUGUGUUUCUGACGUAGGCAUCUGAACUUGGCUGACGUGUAGCCAGGCACAGGAAUUCAUUCUGAAGCCUGAAGGCUGGUCAGUGAAAACAACUGGUUAACAAUCCAGUGUAAUAGUGCUAAAAACCAGCUUUCUGUACAAGAAAAUUUGGUCUUUCCCCAAAAACCUGGCUAGUUGUCUGUUAGAGUCUGUAAUGACCUGCAAGUUGAAGUUGAGUCUCCUGUAGUAAUUAAAAAAACCACAUAAUAAAAUACCAGAGGGAGCAAACUGGUGUUGGCAAAGAGGCAAGCACAAUAUGCUGACAGUACUUUUGCGACACAAAUUUGCAUUAUUUCUUGGCUUCCUGUAACCCAUAUAAAAUAUUCUUACUGUGCCAUGUGUUGUAAAAUCUGCCCCUGUGCAUUAAUAUAAAUAUAAUAGUGGAGCCAAGUCCUAGAAUUAUAGCUGCGGAGCUGGAAAAAAGUCCGGGCUUGGAGAAAUUGCAGAAAUAUUGUUUGGCUGCAACUGCUGUUUCAAUGUUGCAGCUGCCUCAGUGGUAAGGAGGAACAAGGGACCAUGCACAAGUGCCAGUAGUGGGCUUCCCUUUCUUCCUUUGCACACUUAACACUGACCUCUUCUUGGUUGACCAUAUAGGCUGAGGGACCCCUAUAGCCUUGGGAGCUGCUCGACAGACCAUUCCCAGGGCUAUUAGGUGUGUGGCCAGAUGUCCCUAGAAAGGGAUGGAGCUGGGUGACAAAAUAAUGAGAUCUGUAUGAAAUAGCCUUUGGGGAGGUAGAAUAAUAUCACUGAAUUUGCUGUCACCACCCUCCUACACCUCCAAGAGACCCGGGAGAGAAAGCAGUAACGAGGAAGAAGUUCAAGGUUCAGAUAUUUAGCAGCAGCCAUUUGAAGGAUAUUCUGUGUUGUGUUAAUCCAAGGGCUUUUACUGAAUCACAGAUAGAGAUCUGUGUAUAACCUUGAACCCAUUCCAUUAGCUGGAAUAGUAUGUUGCCUUCCCACAGGCUUUGAGAUGCAGGUACAAUAUGUCCUUUUCUCUAAGUCAGUUUCUGGAAGUGAUGCUGUCUCUGCCUUUCACGCUGACUGGAGUUUGGAUGUUUCUGAAGUGUUGCACAUGCUAUAAAUCAUCCUUGCAGCUUCUACCCCAUUGCCUAGGAACCUGGAAACUACAAACAUGAAAGAGUUCAAAACCAUUUCUCUAGUCCAAUAUUAUUUUUUGACAACAUCAAAAGCCAUGCAUUUCACAGAAAGGGAUUUUCCCUGCUCCUGAAUUAUGAACGUUUUUUUAAAUCCAUUGUUUGAAGACCAGCUUAGGUUCUGAGACAGGCAGAUAGAUAAAUUUGGCAUUUUAUUUCAGGUGGUGUAACCUCAAGUACACAAAUAAGUAUCCAUUUCUUUGUUUUUUGGAAAAUGAGGUUGCAAGCUUGCAUAUUUGUAUGCCAAAUAUGCAUUGGAAUGGAUUUUUGAAAAAAAACCCCAUGGUGGAUAAAUAACUCAUGGUGUCAAAAUGCUGGUUGAGUGCUCAUUGAGUGCACAGGAAUUUCUUAUGAACCAGAAGGAUGCUGGUGUCUGACAAUAUGGCUGCGUAAGCCUCCUGAGUGGAAAGCAAAACACUUUUUUUUUUCUUAUUUCUCUAAAUAUUUCAGAAGGGGAUGGAGUAACAAUUUUGCUGUUCUGUGGUGAUGGAGAGUGUUGAAUGAAAUGAAGGGCACACUGAAGUUAAGGUGGUUAAAAAUGAACAUGACUUUUUUGUAAACACCUCCCUUCCCUCGGGACAAUAAUUUUUCAUGUUGUUCCAACUAUCCUUUUUUUUUUUUUUUUUUAAAGGAAAUAACAUAACUUACCAAAACCACAGCAAUAUUUUUCCUUGCUGGAUAGUUUUAAGAUUAAAUUAGCUCUAGCUAUAGGUGUGGAAAGAGAAAUGGCUGGAGGGUGGGGCAUGGGUGGUGCUUGAAUUUUUUAAAAUUUAUUUUGUAAUUCUGUUUUUUUGUCUUUGGCAUCACACACUUUUGCAUUAGCAUUUUUUUGUAUUGACUGAAGAAUCAAAAUAAAUAAUAGACAAUUGAUAUUUAUCUGGAGUUUUUUUUUUAGAUAAUUGAAGGAAAAGAUAGGAUACAGCAUUUCAAUCUGGAGUGAUGUCAAAUAUACUGUUAUGGGGCUUGAGAAUUAAUUUAAAACUCAUCAGAAGCACUCCUAAGCAACAUACGGAUUCAUGCAUAGGUAUGGUAGAUUUAAUGUAUCUCAAGCCACAAAACUAAAGUUCUGGCAGUGUUCAGUGAAUGAAAAGUUAAUAGAAAUUCAGGUAUUAAUCUGCUUCUGUUCUAGCUGCAGCUUUUGGUGCAGUAAGGUACUCUUGGUUUUUAGACUGCCUUUGUAAAUGGGAGGCUAGUGCUUUGGGUAUUUUAUAUAUCUAGAUGUAUACUGACUGAUUGGACAGCUGUCAAAGCGUUAUUGUCCAGGCUUUUAGAAGUCUGGCACCAAAGGUAACCUCUGUUAAUCUACCGUGCUGGCGCUCGCUGAGGAGUUGCUGCAUUACAGGGGUGUGCGGUGCAUGCAAAGUGAUCCCAUUAGGCACUGCAGCGCCAGCGCGCAAGUGGGACGGAACGUGGGUCUUUGCCAAGGCACUUGCAGCAGAAACGUUGGUUUCUGUCAGCUUGCUUUCACUGUAUUCUCACCUGCUGAAAAACUCUAUGUGCCCCAUUUAAUGUUUAAUUAAUCCCAAGAAUAUUUAAGGUAUCUGGAAAGGGUUUAGAAAACACAAGGGUUGCUUGAAAGCAAAUACUGAGAUGAUGGAUUUUCUGCUUUGUCGUAGGUGUAACGACAGGGUAGGAAUGGGAGUAGCAUAACAAAAUUUAGGUGAAAAUUUAGUGUUCAGACAGCCUUUAGGGCCACUGCGAAUCCAUAUGAAAAUAAGUGUUGGAGGAAUGUGGGCAUCGGGGUCGGGAAUCUGCAAGCUGGAUGUGCCAUGCAGCUCUUGCAUACUCUGUGCUCGGGGUGAUGGGUGGAAAGAAGAUGGCAUCUCUGCACCAGUGAUCUACUGCUGCAUAGCUGCACUGCAUGGACUGCAGCCUUCUGUGCCCUAUCCACAAUGCCCUUCUCAAUCCGGUGCCAAUUUCCCCAAGAAUUAAAAAGCUUUUUCAGUCCUGAAAUCAGAGGAGAGAUGCAAUGAGAGCAGCUGGAAGGAAGCAGCGGAGCAGGAGAAAGGGGCUGAUGGCAAGAGCCAUGUCUGAAGAGAGGAUGUGCUGGAAAGAUGCUUCGUUGGGAAAUCUUACCCCGCCAUGUCUUGAAGAUUUUCCUUUCCUCAACUCCUACAUUUUGGGAAGGGGACAGUCUAGCUCACUUCAUGGUCUUUCUUUUCCUUUUGAUUCUGUACUUUACAGCAUCCAAGAAGGCUUUGGCAACAUGUGCUCCCCUUUUAGGCAUACAGCAUGUGCCAGGCUGUAUAAUCCAUGCAAUGUUCCCAGCUAUUCAGAAAACUAAAAGAAA